GAAAGAACAGAUAACAGAUUCAUUUCCUUCCACAGAAGUCAGGACAUCCUUUUGUUUUUCCCUUAUCAGUUAAAAUCACUCUCUGAUGGGAAAUAUCUACCCCUUAUUUUACCCCCUUUCAUCCAUGCACGUGGAAGAAUUAUGACGUAAUGUUUGGCUGCCAAUGAGAACAUAUAGUUGAAGUUUGGCAGAGUUCGGAGAGUUCGUCCGGAGAUCACAGAGAGUAACAAGUCUCCAUAUUUGCUCCCUAAGGCACAGCCCUCAGUAUUGGAGUUCGUCGACAGAUCCCAGAAGAGGAAGACGAAGUCCAAACCAGCUCCUGAUGACCAACGCCCGAAAUCGUAUCUCAUAGAAAAUUAAUCUUAAGUUAGGACAUGGAAGAUUUAUAUUUUAUUUUGUGCCAUAUUCGAAUCCCCAUGGAAUGAAGUUUAUGAACUUUAUGAAUGAAGUGUUUAACCUACAGAAGAAGAAUAUUAAAGACAACUAAAUCCAGGUUGGAUCUCACAAAACUGACGAGUUUGGAUAUAGCAUCUAUGUACCCUUCUAUUACUAAAGAUAUGAUUUUGAGUAGUCUACUGAAGGAAAAGAACUUUUAUCGACAAACAGAAGGUAUUUUGAUGGGUUCCGUAAUAGGACCAAAACUAGCAGAAAUUUUUAUGCUGGAUGUGGACAUGAUUUUAUCAACGCUAAAUGGAGUUAUGUUUUUUGCAAGAACAACAAAUAUAGAUAAAAGAAAAGAAGAAAUUGAAGAUACACAUAAGAAAUACAUCUUAAAUGGAUAUCCAAAAAGAUUACUAAAUGAUUGGUUCCACAGAUUUUUAAGAAACAGGUUUAAAGUUAAACGUUGUCAAGAAAUAAUAAAGUAUGUAUCAUUUCCGUAUAUAAAAGGUAUUUAUGAAAAAUAUAAUAACUUCUUUAAUCAUAAAUUAAUUAGAUUGGCUCCAUCCUUAAAUAACAGGUUAUCAAAUAUGAUGAUCAUCAGAAAUAAUGCUAAAGAUAUAUUAGAAGAAGAAGGUGUUGUUUAUCGGAUAGAAUGCACGUGUAACAAUCCUAGUUUUUACGUCGGUGAAACAAAACGAAGAUUAAGGAUCAGACUGUCGGAACAUUUGGCUGCCGUAAGGUUGAAAAUGAGUAAUUCUCCUGUCUUCCAACAUUGUAAUAGUAAUAAUUGUCAGAUUAAUAUUAAUAAAUUAAAAAUAAUUUUUAAGGAAAAAAAUAUUGUAAAGCGAAAGGUAAAAGAACACUUCGCUAUAAUUAUGCAAAACAAUAAUGUUAAUUUAAAUACCGGAAUGUUAACAGCGGCAUGCUGGGAGUUUUUUGUUAACUGUAUAAGUGGCUCUUCAAUGAGUUGACUGUUUGAACGUAGAUUUUGUGCUGUAAGCCCCACUGAAGAGGCCAUAGGCGAAAUGCAUUUGGGAAGCUUGUUAGUAAUGAUGUAAAUAAAAAUUUUUUUCUCUCUGCAGAUUAUUUUCUUUUUUAUACCUUUUUAAACUCUGUUUUUUAAA